AUGUCGCGUGCUCUUCUGAUCACAGGAGCGACCGGCAAACAGGGUGGAGCGCUGAUUGACUCGGUGCUUACAAGGCAGCCAAGCAACUUUCUCCUCCUCGCAGUCACGCGUAAUGCAAAUUCCACCUCUGCCAAACGCGUCGCUGCGAAGUCCUCUUCUAUCAAGCUCGUCGAAGGAGAUCUCAACGCCAUCCCUGAUCUUUUCAAAUCUGCCAAGGCUGUGGCUGGAGAAGUCCCUUUGUGGGGUGUAUAUUCGGUACAAGCUGCAGUCUCCACGGACAAGAGCAUGACGCUCAGCAUCGAGGUCCAACAGGGGAAAAGCUUGGUGGACGAAUCAAUCAAAGCAGGGGUCCAGCAUUUUGUUUACAGUAGUGUUGAGCGCGGAGGUGAUCAGAGGUCCUGGCUUAACCCGACACCAGUACCGCAUUUCAAGACCAAGCAUGAGAUUGAGCUUCAUUUGCGUGAUGCCGCACAAGGGACCCCCAUGGGCUGGACGGUCUUGCGGCCUACAAUCUUUAUGGACAAUCUAGCCCCAGGAUUCGAGAGUAAGGUUCUCCUUACCAUACUCCGCGAUACAUUAAAAGAGAAGCCUCUACAGUGGGUCUCGACAAAGGAUAUUGGCUUCUUCGGUGCAGAGGCUUUUUUACAUCCUGAUAUCUGGAACAAAAAGGCAAUAGGCCUGGCCAGCGAUGAGUUGACAGCAUCUCAACUUGAUGACUCUUUUAUCAGAACCACUGGGAACCCAGCACCUACAACAUUUAGUCUACUAGGGAAGGCUGUGAAGACAGGAGUUAAAGAGCUUGGGGUAAUGGUCGACUGGUUUAGAGAUGAGGGUUAUAAGGCGAAUCGGUCAACUUUCAGAAAGGUUCAUCCUACCCACCAGACAUUCGAAUCUUGGUUAAGGGAGAGUUCAUUUAUCAAGAAAUAG